UGGCCUAAUAUAAGAACGCAUAUUUUAUUUGAUACCGAACAGGGUUGUUCAAGGUGUACAUCAGUUUGGGGGAGAAGGGGCAACUGACAUAACUUGAAGAAAUGAUCUGUUUGCGAAGUUAGGGGAAGGAAAUUUGAGAAUUGAUUGGUUCUAUAGUGCUGUAAGUGGGUGGAUGUUUUUUGUGCUACAGGAAGUGAUUUGCAGUGCUCACUGAGCCUUUUGUUGAAAAGGGUCUCCUCAUUUGUGUGAGUCAUGCUUUUGCUGUGAGCGAGUUGGCAGCUCUAACCAGAAGUGGAAUGUCAUAUAGAACUAUCUUCAAUUCAACCCUUUAUGCUCUUUGGUAUUUUUCACAUUUUGUUACCUAUCUGUAUUUUUUUUUCUUUUGCAAUAGAUUUUACAGGUAUCGUUAUGAAACCUCUGGCAAUGUUAGCAAAGGAGGUGUCUUAGACUGGCAUCAGCUUUGCCACAUCGUAUGAAAGAAACUAGGUAGAAGGGCAUGCUUCAACGUACCAAGUACAACCGCUUCAAGAAUGAAUCUGUGACUACCUUCGAUGAUCUCUUGAGCAACCUGUCCAUGAAGAAAGUCUCCACGGUCGCCGGUACUCCAGCUACAAUUUCGUGCCCGGUUGCGAGUGCAGAUUUACCGAAGGACCAAGAAGAUGGAUCCACCUCUCUUUGUACGUUUUUCCACAAAGUGUCUCACUUAAAACUGUCCAACACAGGCAGCCUGUUGGGUAUCAAAAACCUAUCCUCUGCAGUAAAGGAGUUGUCUGGAUCCAAGUUACAGGGUAGCUCUCCUGCUCCAAGUACAGCAGCAGGAGCCUCAGACAACACAUGUAACCCUGUCUCUACCCCUCCGUGUUCACAGCAGGACGUGAGCAAGAUGAGCACAGGAAAAAAAACACGCUCAGAUGAAAUGCAUCUGGGAGGUGAAGAUUGGAAUCAAAGUAGCAGCUUUGUCAAUAAGCCUUCUCGAGGAUGGCUGCACUCGAAUGAGAAGAUCCAGGGACCUGGAGUGACGUACAUUGUGAAGUACUUGGGAUGCAUAGAGGUAUUGCGGUCCAUGAGAUCUUUAGAUUUUACCACGAGAACUCAAAUAACAAGGGAAGCAUUUUGCAGAGUGUGUGAAGCUGUUCCUGGUACCAAAGGAGUCUUCAAAAAAAGAAAGCCUGCAACUAAAAUCCUCUCUAGCAUCCUGGGAAAGUGCAACCUCCAGUUUGCAGGAAUGUGUAUAACACUUAACAUAUCUACAACAAGCCUAAACAUGAUGACUCCGGACUCUAAACAGAUCAUAGCAAAUCAUCAUAUGCAAUCCAUUUCUUUUGCAUCUGGCGGCGACCCAGAUGCAAAUGAUUAUGUUGCAUAUGUAGCAAAAGAUCCUGUUAAUCGUCGAGCCUGUCAUAUACUGGAAUGCAGCGAUGGGCUAGCGCAAGAUGUUAUCAGUACGAUAGGCCAAGCUUUUGAACUCCGCUUUAAGCAGUAUCUGCAGUGCCCAUCUAAGAUACCAGCAUUUCCUGACAGAAUGCAAAGUUUAGAUGACCCAUUAUGGACAGAAGAGGAUGGGACAACAGCAGAACCUCAAUAUUACAAUAGUAUUCCAAACAAACUGCCCCCUCCAGGAGGUAUUAUUGAUGAGAGGUUAAAAGCUCAGAAUACAAACCAAGGAGACAAUAAUCAGCUUUUGACCUCUUCUGGAAAAGAACAGACAUAUUACCAAGGUCGUCAUCUAGUUGAAAAAUCUAAUGAAGCCUUUCAACAAGCUGUAAAAAGGCAAGCUUCUUUAGAUAUUUACAGUGUUCCAGAAAGGAAAUCAACAAGUCAGACAAGCAAUGCACCUACAUAUGUCAAUACACAGCACAUCAAUAAGAAGGCACUGGGGGCACUUCAAAGGAGCAUGGAUUCUGCAUUCUGUGGAUCUGUUGACAGUUGCAAGGACUUCAGCCCAAGAAUGGAUCUGUUUGACAUGAAACCAUUUGAAGAUGCUUUGAAGAAUCAACCGAAGUUAAUUAAAGAUGCCUCAGUUGACUGCUCCAGCCCACUGCUAUCCAGGGCAGCAAUAUUAACCAUCAAUGAGGAACUGAAAACAGAAUGCUGGUAUGUGGGAGAAAUGUGCAGGAAAGAAGCAGAGAAACUACUUAGAAAAGAUGGAGAUUUCCUUGUAAGAAAAAGCAUCAAUAAUCCUGGUUCAUAUGUGCUAACCGGUAUGCACAAUGGACAGGCCAAACAUCUUCUUCUAGUAGAUCCUGAAGGCACUGUCAGAACUAAAGAUCGUGUGUUUGAUAGCAUUGGCCAUCUCAUCAAUCACCACCUGGAGAACCAUUUGCCUAUUGUAUCUUCUGGAAGUGAACUAUGUCUGAAGCAGCCUGUGGAUGGAAGGCCUUGAUACCACCAUCACUUUGAUCAUACUGGUGUAUCUAUUCAAGGGCCACACAUGUAUCAUCAGGAGUCAGUGCAAUAGGAUCACAGAUCUUCUGGGUCAAACCAAUGUGCCGUGUGUGUAAAAAAUGCGGCACUUUUUGAACCAUGAUUUUUAUAAAAUUGUCUGAUCCCUUAAUGUGAAAAUAUUAUGUGUGUAUAUAUACACUGAAAUAUGUAUAUAUAGAUAUAAAUAUAUUUAUAUUUUUGGAGAUUAUGGCAAAAGACCAAGACUGGUAUGUUUUAAUGCUAAUAGAACAAUAAUUGUGGUACUUUAGCUAGACAAUGAAAGUAGCAUUUUGAUUUAGAGGGAACUUGUUAUGAUGGCUAUUAUCUGUAACAACUCCCAUCCAUGCUUGAGAUCACCAUUGGCCAGCUAUAGGAAGUGGUGCUUAUUCUGGGGUGAAGCAGACCUGUAUAGCAUCACCUGCACCCAUCCUGGAAAUAGAACUGCUUCAGAGAGCCUCAAGCAUUGGAUAGGAGCUUUGGAUGUGACAAUUAACAGCUGUUUUGACAGGUUCCUUUAAAAACGUACAAUGCUGCACUCUCUGAUCAUAGUUUUAUUUAAUAAGCACAAUAUAAGGAGACCAACCAGGCAGAAGUUGUGAUUUAUUCAAAUACUGUCUAGUGCUGCAAGAUCUUAAAAAUCCUUGGAGUUCCCUCCAGCAUUUGGUAGGUUUAGUUGUAUUUAUACCAGUGAUUGUUUGGAAACAGCAUAAGUAUGCACUGUUUCAUAGUCUAGCAAGUAACAAAAAAUCAGUUGUUUGAAUUUUUUAUAGGAUUUUGAAUAUAACUUGUCAUGAGUUGUAAAAUACAACUCCCAGCAUUGCAUUCUUCGCCAGCAUGGUAUGCUGAGAAACAUAAGCCUUCAGCUGCCUAAGCUUGCUCUGGAGUAAAGGGUAUCUGUAUCCUUUUGUACUACAAAUGUUAAUUUUGCACUGAACAACCUGACACAGUGCUGUACAUUUAUUCAAAAAGCAUUUUAUCUUUAAAAAGAAAAAAAAAAAGAGUGUGUAAAAUCUUUGCAUCUUUUGAGGCAUCACUUGAGAUGUUCAGAUGUUUGGUUUAUUGAGUUUCAGAUGUACUGCCGUAUGUAAUUAUUUAUAAAUAUAUAUAUAUAUUUAAAUUAAAUGAUAAUAUAUUUGAUGGCAUAUUUAUGUCCUUAGUAAUAAAUGGUUAUUUUUAUCUAUAAAAUCUUGUAUACAUUCCUAAAUAGUUUUAUAUGUAUGUUCCUACAAUGAAAUUAAUGAAAAGCAUAGCUAUUUUUUCAUACUUAUAAUGCGUUCGUAUGUAGCAUUGACUGCCUUUCCGUAGCAGCACUAUAUACUGUAGAAUAUAAACCAGUUUCUUCCUGUAUACUAUCAUUUACAUUCUGAUGUUGGUGCAUGCUGCAUAAAAUGUUUGAAACAUAACAUUUUGGAAUAAGGUGAAAAGGCAAGAUUUGUACUUGGAUUUUUUUUUUCUGUUACACUACUUGGCUUAUCAGAAUUGAAAUCUGUUUUAAUAGCUAUAUGCUUUUUCAACCAACUAAAUGCCUUUAAAUACCUAGGAAGAAAACAGAGAGCAUUCUCCUUGGACAACUGAUGCCACGUUUUUUUGUCAGUUGUUGACUUUUAAUCAUUGUCACUGGCGCUUUAAAUCAAUGCACCAUAACACAUGGUUAAAUGAGAUAUUUGUUUUUACAGUUCGUAUUUCAGAAAAUAUACUAGAUGGACGUUGCACUAGAAAUGCACCUAUUCUGCUAAGGUGUAUCACUAUUAUAUUAAGGUUCACAAUUUUUCAGUUGCCAUAUAUACACCCACUGUUGUCACAUGCUCCCCACCACUGUCUUACAGAUUCUUCUUCCCAUUUUCUAUUCCUUUUGCCCUCUGCAGACACUGGUAGCAGGUGGUGGAAACACUGACAAUAAAAAUAAUCUUUCAUUUAAUAUCCACCUUGUUUUGCCAGUUUUUCUUCCAAGCUAAUCUUCACGAUGUACUUACACCUUACUUCAGGUCAGCAUUGCAAUUUUUUUGGUCAUGUCUUUAUAAAUUAGGAUAUUCUUUAGUAACAAAGCAUAAGGGAAUAAAAUUUAUCAAUAGGUAACAUAGCAUAAGAUAUAUAAUGUAGAUAGGAUUUGAUGCUUUCUUGACACUUUCUACCUGGUGUUCAGUAAAUACUGUGUGUAUGUCUAACCAGGUUUCCAUCAAAAGCAAACACAGUGUACACAAAUAAUGUAGCAUGUUUUUU